UUGACCAGCGGGAGUGUAUCUGUGUCCCUGCAUCGCCUCAUUUGCAUCUCUGCUGUUUUCAUUUGUCUUCCACAGAAACGGGAAGCAAACAUGAGCACGCUCUCCACCGACCGGAAGCCGCAUGUGGAUUACGGCGUUCAGAUUCGCUUCAUCAAAGACCUGGACGACACGGGUGGGGGUUACCCCGAUAAAUCCAGAGGGGGCAACGGCGCGGCGACCCCUUCCAGCAAAUAUGGCGUGGCCGUGCGGGUUCAGGGAAUCUCCGGGCAGCCUUAUGUGGUUCUGAAAGACGGAGAGAAAGGUGACUCGUAUGGAGUUCAGCUUAAAUCUCCCACCCCCACUUCGGGCCCCCCUUCACCAUACAGUAGUGUCCCCAGACCUAGUAAAGAACCAACAGAAUUCAGUAACCCCUACAGACCGGCUGUGAAUCCACCACGCUCCCCUGUUUCCCCAGCAGAGGACGAGGACGGAGAGAUUUUUGGGAGUCCUCUUAGAAGGCCCCCAGGGGACGGUCAAGCAGGAACACAAGGGGAGGAGGAAGGUGGAGCUGGGAGGGAAAGGGAGGUAGAGAAACCAAAAGCUGAACCAAAACUCAAAGCAACAGUUGGUGAAACGGAGAAAAAUGGAGAUACUGAAGAGUACAAUGAAGCCGGACUGAAACCCGUCAAGUUCAGCCCCGCGGGACCCCGAGGGGCCACGCAAACGGGCUCUUUGGGGAGACACGGGGGGAAGGGGCACUCCACAAACUCCUCUCCACAAUCCUUCCCAGAACCUCCACCCUCGGUCAACAGUGAGCCCGUCCCAGCCAUCGACACCAACUCCCUGGCUCCCAUCAACAAGCUCAUCAGCAAGUUCAACAGCGGGGCGCCGGGCAGCGCCCCCCAGACCCGGGGCCGGCCCGGGGCCCGCCAGCGGCUCCGCUUCGACGAGCGCAAGAGGUCCCGAAGCCUCGACGCCAGGAAGGAGGCGCAGCCGGAAGCGCCUCUCCCCUCCCCCUCGUCUCCCACUCUCAAUCCCUACGCGGCGCCCCCCUCCGCCUCCUCCGGUUUACCCGCGUCACCUGCUCUGAGCAGCAGCCAGGGAAAGAACAACGCCUCUUUCGCCAAGGUGACGGCCCCCCAAACCCCCAAGGAAAGCUUCAAGCCACCAGAGAAGUUUGUUGCCAAGGAUGCUCCUCGAGCGUUUGCAAAGAAGCCCGUAAGAACCAGAGAUGGGAAGCUCACCAGGGUGUUGCAGGAGAUACUUCCAAAAAGUCAAAGCACAGAGGUCAUCAGUGGGGACGGAGCUCAACCCAAGAGGGUUUUUCACAACGGUGUCAAAGACAGCCCGGCUGAAAGCGAAUCAUCCCUGGGAAGAAAAGUCAACUUUGGCCUUGAGACGACUGACGUAUCAAAGAAGGAAGGUUCUGAUGGAAACAUCAAAAAAGGAAGUCUUGAGGAGCUUCAAGAGCAGCUCAAACGCAGCAGGAAGGCACUGCAGGAGGCGCAGGACGAGCUGGUUUCAGAGCGAAUGGCCAGAGAACUGUCCGAAUCCCGUCUGCACCUUCAGGAAGAUCAGCUGGCUCAACUCCAGGAAGAGCUGAGGCGCGUUUCAGAAAACUCUCCCGAGGCAGACUCUCUGCAAACGGAUGUGGUGACCCUACAGGCCCAGCUGGCUGAGGCCGCCCUGUUUCGCCAGAGGCAAGACGAGGUGCUGCACCAGCGGGAGCGCGAGCUGACCGCCCUGAAGGGGGUCCUGAAGGAGGAGGUGGAGGGUCACGACAGGGAGAUAGAGGCCCUGAGGGAGCAGUACAGCCACGACAUGGAGAACCUGAGAAAAACCAUGGAGCAGGUCACGCAGUCCCAGGAGCAGAUAGAGGAGGAGCGGGAGAAGGUGAACGCCUCGGUGUUGACUCUGGAGGAGGAGCUGGAGAGCUACAGAGAUCAAGGAGAGCAGUGGAGGACGGAGCUGGAGGCCACUGCACAGCAGCUGAGCGACACCAGAGAGGAGCUGAAAAGGUCUCACUUGGAGAAAGAAAAAGUCGAGGGCACCCUGAAGCAUCUUCAGGAUUCGUUGCUUUCCACGAAGGAGGAAAAGCCCACGUCUGACGAUAACUGUUCUCUAAAGGAGGAGCUUCAGCGUUGCCAUGACGACUUGAAGCGGACCCGUGCCGAUUUGGACAAACAAAAGGGUGAGCUUUACGAGAAAAACAAGGCACUCGAAGCUCUGAAGAAGGCGAGCGGAGAGAAAGAGGCCGAACUUCAGUCUGAGAAGGAGCAAUUACAGAAAGAUAAGGCCGAGCUGGAAAAGGCACUCGAGCAGGCGAAGGAGUCAUCAGCCGGGUCAACAGGAAAGACUGUGGUGGACGGCAGCAGCAACCUGGAGCUACAGGAAGCAAACGUCCGCCUCAGAGAGAGGCUCGCCCGCAUGACGCGACUUCACUCCAGCAUGCCACGGACCUCGGAGGACGAGGAGGCGCUGGAAGCCCUGGAGGAUGAGAACCGCUCCCUGAAGUCUCAGCUCGAGGAGGCCAGGAGAGGAACGACACGCCUGAGCAAAGAGAGGGAUGAGCUGAGCCGGCGGCUGGAGGAGAGAGACCUGGAGAGGGAUUUGUUGAAAAGGGGCAAAAGCGACCUGGAGGAGCAGAAGCGGCUGCUGGACCGAGCUCUGGAGAAGAUUAACAAGGAGAUGGAGGUGAUGAUGGGAGAUUCUCGUCAGUCUGUGGCCACCCUGCAGAUGCAGCUGGACGACUUCAGGGAGCGCUCCAGGAAGGACCUGCUGGAGGCCCAGCGCAGCAGCAAGGACCGGCUGGCCGAGCUGCAGAGGGCUCAGAGCAACCUGAAGGCCCAGCAGGACGAGGUUUCCCGUCUGAAAAAGGAGCUGCUGGCGUGCAGCGAGGAGAGAGACAGCGCUCAGCUGGAGAGAGACCUCUUCAACAAUCGCCUCAAACACUUGGAGAGCGAGCUGGAGUCGGAGAGGAGCACGCAAACUGACCGCAAUCGAGAGAUCAGGGGCCUGGAGGACAGGAUCAAAACGCUGGAGAUCGAGCUGGAUGAGGAAAGGAGUAGUCUGGAGCUUCUGACCGAUCGCAUGACCCGCAGCAGGGAGCAGGUUGACCAGCUGCGCUCGGAGCUGAUGCAGGAGCGUUCGGCCAGACACGACCUGGAGAUGGACAAGAGCGCCCUGGAAAGACAGCUGAAAGAGUGGAAGUCCCGCGUGGCGGACAUGGAGGGCCAGACCCGCCCCUCAGCCGGGGUCACCCUGCUGGAGAGUAAGAUUCAGGAGCUGGAGGAGAGACUCCACAGCGAGGAGAGAGAGAAGGGCAGUAUUCAGGCAUCUCAGCGACGAAUGGAGAGAAAACUGAAAGAGUUAAAUGCCACACUGGACCAGGAGAGAAGCCAGCAUGUGGAGCAGAGGGACCAGCUGUCCCUGCGUGUUAAGGCCCUGAAACGGAAGGUGGACGAGAGCGAGGGGGAGGUGGAGCGGCUGGAGGGGGUCCGGCGUAAGGUCCUGCGGGACCUGGAGGAGCAGCAGGAGCUCCAGGAGGCGCUGCAGGCCAAAGUCACAGCGCUGGAGAACGAGCUAAAGCGGAAGUCCCAGCAGACGCAUCGCGUUGCUCUGGGCUCCUCCACGCUGAGCUCCGAGGACGAGGACACUUUCUACGACGGCGCCAUCACCUCCAAGCUCUCUGACCCCCACCUGCACACGGCCAACUCCUAGAGGGAGGCGGCAGCUAGCUGCUUUUCUGUUUGGGGCAACAAAGCUCCACAGGGGGGAGUUUGUGUAUCCUGUGAAGUUGCCUCAAAGUGGUUUCGUUUUCAGAACCAUAGUUUUUAACCUAAUAAAAGGGUUGCUUUAUUUUAACCUUUAACUGUGAUCAAGAUUCCUUCGUUUUUCUCUGGUGAUGUUGAGGCCAUUACAGCCGCCAUCCGGUGAGACCACGUUGUGUUUUUAAAAGCAAACUUUGCUAUCAUUUUGAUGUGUAAUUGUGUUCAGUUUAUUGCGAACGGUCACUGCUGAGGCCUCAUGUGACAGUGGCAUGGUUUUCUGUUCAGGUUGUUCAAUAGAUUUCCCGUCUCGACCAAAAAAUAAAACCGGACUUGCAUCCUGUGUGUGGGCUUAUGCAUGAUAAGCUUUAUGUCAGUGUUGUUUGUACCUUUCAAGUGGAUCUUUGAGUUGAAACAUGUUUUUUUUUUACUUUUUGAAUGUGACUGUUUAUGGCCUCUUAAACUGAGCCAAUCUUUUUACACUAUAUUAGAGAUCAAUUCCUGAAGACAAUCAAGUACGCCUGCAGUAGCACUGUGUCUAUUUGAGGAUAAAAGCUCUUUCUAACAGUUGUGUUGUCCUUUGCCCGCCGUUUUGUAUGUGGAUUUUUAUAAUGGUAAAAGUUAAGCUUUAUUCAUGUGCACAUCCAUGUUCGAAUGCCUUUAAGAUGAGUUUCAUAUCUGAAUGUUCACUUCCAGCCUCAUGUUUACUGUCUCUGAGCCGCUGCUGUUGGAAUAAUUACAGUAGUGUUUCUCCUGCUUGUCGGAGCCUGCUUCUUCCUCUGUGCUUUCCCGUUGAAGGACUCAUAUUGUCAGAUUUGUAGCCACAUUCCUUCUUUUUGCACCUGGCUGUUCUGAAUGUUGAUUAAAGACUUCUGAUGAAGUUCUGAUGGUGCUGUUGUUGUGUUUUGGAGGAUGUGAGUGAGGAGUGUGGGGAACCUUUUACACAGAACCAUCUAACACUUUCCAAAUGUAACGUGAAUUUAAAGCCAAUUUUGGAUCUUUUGUACAAUUUAAAAAAAAAUUUA